AUGGAGCCCGCCGCCGCGACUACGGCGCAGCGACUCCCAGAGACCAGCAGGGAGGACCGAGCUCCGGCUCCGGCGGCGGCUGCAGCGGCGGCCGCGGCCGCGGCGGCUCUGGCGGCGGCAGUCGGGGGCGGCCGGAGCCCGGAGCCCGCGCUGACCCCGGCGGCCCCCAGCGGCGGGGCGCGGGAAGAGGCCCCCGACGAGGCGCAGCUGGGGUUGUUGCCGGGCCGGCCGGGAGGCACGGGUCGCAGGAGGAGGCGCGGCGCCCCACAGCCCACCGCUGGCGGGGCUGCCCCGGUGUCCGGGGCCGGCGGUGGCGCCAACUCCCUGCUGCUGAGGAGAGGGCGGCUGAAGAGGAAUCUGUCCGCGGCCGCUGCCGCCGCCUCGUCGUCCUCGUCCUCGUUGUCGUCGUCCGCCGCUGCCGCCUCGCACUCACCCGGCGCCACCGGCCUCACCGCCUCCUGCUCGGCCUCGGCGUCGCUGUGCACCCGGAGCCUGGACAGGAAGACGCUGCUCCUGAAGCACCGGCAGAUGCUGCAGCUGCAGCCGUCGGACCGGGACUGGGUGCGGCACCAGCUCGAGCGGGGCUGCGUGCACGUCUUCGACCGCCACAUGGCCUCGACCUACCUGCGCCCGGUGCUGUGCACGCUGGACACCACGGCCGGAGAGGUGGCCGCCCGCUUGCUGCAGGUGGGCUACAAGGGUGGCGGCGUGGUAAAGGUGCUGGGCAAGGGGCACUCUGACGCCGGUCUCCGGCUCCCGCCCGCCGAGCCGCGGGACUCGGGGCCGCCACCCGGGAGGAGCGGACUGGCCGCCGUCGGGGGGCCACAGCGCGCUCCUCCCACCGACCUGCCGCUGCCCGGCGCCCCGGACGGGUGGGCGCUCCGCGCCUCCCGCGCCAGCCCCGCGCCCUCAGACUCCAGCCUGGGCGAACCGGGCGCCCCGCGGCUCCUGGACGGCGCGGCCGCUGGCCCGGCCUCCGACACCGAGAGCUUCAGCCUGAGCCCCAGCGCCGAGAGCGUGUCUGACCGGUUGGACCCCUACAGCAGCGGCGGCGGCUGCUCGUCGUCGUCCGAGGAGCUGGAGGCUGACCUGGCCCCGGCCCGGACCCCGACGGGGGCUCCGGGACAGCCCCGCCUGCCCCGGCUUGGAGCGGGCGCCCGGCCGUCAUCCCCGACGGCCUCCCCGCCUCCGCCGCAGCCGAAAGCCCAGAGGGGCGUCGAGGGCCCAGGCGGCGCCGCCCGCGAUCAGCCUCGGGAGGAGAAGGCGGCGGCAACAGCGGCCCUCGGCCGCCCCCCGUCGACCCAGGAUGGGAACGGGGCGACCGCGGAGCAGGCGCCUCCACCGCCCACUCUGUACGUGCAGCUCCACGGAGAGACCACCCGGCGCCUGGAGGCGGACGAGAAGCCGUUGCAGAUCCAAAAUGACUACCUCUUCCACCUGGGCUUUGGGGAGUUGUGGAGGGUGCAGGAGGAAGGCAUGGACUCGGAGAUCGGCUGCCUCAUCCGCUUCUAUGCAGGAAAACCUCACAGCACUGGUAGCUCUGAACGGAUUCAGCUCUCAGGAAUGUAUAAUGUCCGUAAAGGCAAAAUGCAGUUGCCAGUGAACCGAUGGACCAGACGCCAAGUUAUCCUGUGUGGGACCUGCCUAAUAGUAUCAUCUGUGAAAGACAGCUUGACCGGAAAGAUGCAUGUUCUGCCACUAAUUGGUGGGAAAGUAGAAGAAGUGAAAAAACACCAGCACUGUUUAGCAUUUAGCUCCUCUGGACCCCAAAGCCAGACUUACUACAUUUGUUUUGAUACAUUCACAGAGUAUUUAAGAUGGCUUCGACAAGUCUCCAAGGUUGCAUCACAGCGUAUUAGCUCAGUGGACCUCUCAUGUUGUAGCCUGGAGCAUCUGCCUGCCAACCUCUUCUACAGCCAAGACCUCACUCAUCUCAAUUUAAAACAAAACUUCCUAAGGCAGAGUCCCAGUCUGCCAACUGCAAGGGGGCUCAAUGAACUGCAAAGGUUCAGCAAGUUGAAGAGUCUUAACCUUUCCAAUAAUCAUUUAGGGGACUUCCCAUUAGCAGUCUGCAAUAUUCCAACCCUGGCCGAGCUGAAUGUGUCCUGCAAUGCCCUCCGAGCAGUCCCGGCAGACGUCGGAGAUAUGCACAACUUACAGACAUUUUUGUUGGAUGGAAAUUUUCUCCAGACCCUUCCUGUUGAGUUGGAGAACAUGCAUCAGCUUAGUUAUCUUGGUCUUUCUUUCAAUGAAUUCACUGACAUUCCAGAGGUAUUGGAGAAAUUGACUGCUGUGGAUAAGCUUUGUAUGUCUGGAAACUGUAUGGAGACUCUUAGGCUACAGGCUUUAAGAAAAAUGCCUCACAUUAAACAUGUGGAUCUAAGACUGAACCUAAUUAGGAAGCUAAUAGCAGAUGAAGUGGACUUUCUCCCUCACGUCACUCAGCUUGAUCUGCGCGACAAUAAGCUUCGUGAUCUAGAUGCUAUGGUUUUCAACAACAUUGAAGUUUUACACUGUGAAAGGAAUCAACUGGUGACAUUAAACAUCUGUGGCUAUAUCCUAAAAGCACUGUAUACCUCUUCUAAUGAACUUGUCCAACUUGACGUUUACCCAGUUCCGAAUUAUCUGUCCUACAUGGAUGUUUCAAGGAACCGUUUAGAAAACGUGCCUGAGUGGGUAUGUGAAAGCCGAAAGCUAGAAGUUUUGGAUAUUGGCCAUAAUCAAAUAUGUGAACUUCCUGCACGCUUAUUUUGUAAUAGUAGUCUCCGGAAACUACUGGCGGGACACAACCAGCUGACAAGGCUUCCCGAAAGGCUAGAAAGAACCUCAGUGGAGGUCUUGGAUGUGCAGCACAACCAGCUCCUGGAGCUGCCACCCAACCUUCUGAUGAAGGCCGACAGCCUGAGAUUCCUGAAUGCAUCUGCAAACAAACUGGAAACCCUUCCUCCAGCCACACUUUCUGAAGAGACAAACAGCGUCUUACAGGAGUUGUAUUUGACGAAUAACAACCUCACAGAUAAAUGUGUACCCUUGUUAACAGGACACCCCCAUCUGAAGAUUCUUCACAUGGCCUAUAACCGACUUCAGAGUUUUCCAGCAAGUAAAAUGGCAAAGCUGGAGGAACUUGAAGAAAUUGACAUCAGUGGGAAUAAACUGAAGGCCGUCCCGACAACUAUCAUGAAUUGCAGGCGCAUGCACACGGCGAUUGUUCACUCCAACUGCAUCGAAGUCUUUCCUGAAGUUAUGCAGCUCCCAGAAAUCAAGUGCGUGGACCUGAGCUGUAAUGAGCUAAGCGAAGUCACUUUACCAGAAAACCUGCCUCCAAAACUGCAAGAACUAGACCUGACUGGAAACCCCCGACUUGCCCUCGAUCACAAAACCCUGGAGCUGCUGAAUAAUAUCCGCUGUUUCAAGAUUGAUCAGCCUUCGGGAGGCGAUGCAUCUGGAGCCCCAGCUGUAUGGAGCCAUGGCUACACAGAAGCUUCAGGGGUGAAAAACAAGUUGUGUGUUGCAGCCCUGUCGGUGAAUAACUUCCGUGACAACCGGGAGGCCCUGUAUGGUGUAUUUGAUGGAGACCGGAAUGUGGAGGUGCCCUACCUUCUCCAGUGUACCAUGAGUGACAUUUUGGCAGAAGAGCUGCAGAAAACAAAAAACGAAGAAGAAUACAUGGUCAAUACGUUCAUUGUUAUGCAAAGGAAGCUUGGAACUGCUGGGCAGAAACUUGGAGGUGCUGCUGUCCUUUGUCAUGUCAAGCAUGACCCUGUGGACCCAGGAGGACCCUUCACCUUGACCUCUGCUAAUGUGGGCAAGUGCCAAACGGUUCUCUGUCGGAAUGGGAAGCCGCUGCCUCUGUCCAGAUCAUAUGUUAUGAGCUGUGAGGAAGAACUGAAGAGAAUCAAACGGCACAAGGCCAUUAUCACGGAGGAUGGCAAAGUGAACGGAGUGACCGAGUCCACGCGCAUCCUGGGCUACACGUUCCUGCACCCCAGCGUGGUGCCCCGCCCCCACGUGCAGUCUGUGGCCCUGACCCCGCAGGACGAGUUCUUCAUCCUGGGCAGCAAGGGCCUGUGGGACAGCCUGUCCGUCGAGGAGGCCGUGGGGGCCGUGCGCAACGUCCCCGACGCCCUGGCCGCCGCCAAGAAGCUGUGCACGCUGGCGCAGAGCUACGGCUGCCGCGACAGCGUCAGCGCCGUGGUGGUGCAACUCAGCGUCCCCGAGGACAGCUUCUGCUGCUGCGAGCUCGGCACCGGCGGGCCCGUGCCGCCGCCCAGCCCCGGCACCUUCCCGCCCUCCGUCAGCAUGGUCAUCAAGGAGCGGCCCGCCGACGGGCUGGGCGUGCCGUCGUCCAGCAGCGGCCUGGCCUCGGAGAUGAGCAGCGAGCUCUCCACGUCCGAGAUGAGCAGCGAGGUGGGGUCCACGGCCUCGGACGAGCCCCCGCCGGGCGCCCUGAGCGAGAGCAGCCCCGCCUGCCCCAGUGAGCCGCGCUGCUCGCUGCACCCCGCCUGCCCGUCCAGCUCCUUCCAGCGCCAGCUGUCCAGCGCCACUUUCUCCAGCGCCUUCUCCGACAACGGCCUCGACAGUGAUGACGAAGAGCCCAUCGAGGGCGUCUUCACCAACGGCAGCCGGGUGGAGGUGGAGGUGGACAUCCACUGCGGCCGCGCCAAGGAGGAGAGGCAGCAGCCCCUGCUGCAGCUGCCAGCCGCGGCCAGCGACGAGGGCAUCGUCAUCAGCGCCAACGAGGACGAGCCGGCCCUGCCCCGGAGGGCGGACUGUGCCGCCGUGGGGACCAUGGGGCGCCGGAGGGCUAACGGCUCCGUGGCGCCCCAGGAGCGGAGCCACAACGUGAUAGAGGUGGCCACGGACGCGCCUCUCCGCAAGCCGGGGGGCUAUUUUGCAGCGCCGGCUCAGCCGGAUCCUGAUGAUCAGUUCAUCAUUCCCCCGGAGCUGGAGGAGGAGGUCAAAGAGAUCAUGAAACACCAGCAGCCGCCGCCACCGCCGCCACCCUCACAGCUCCACGUGCAGCCGCCGCCGCGGCAGUGCCCGGGGGACCAGCUGCCAGACUGCUGUGACACACCGCUAUGA